UCCUAAGGCCUGUCACUAUUAGGAAAUGGCCUACUGGCUUGUCAAGUCCCUUUCUGGUCUCCCCCACCGCCCCCCCACCCCAGCAGCCAGUAGAAAUUAAAUGUCCUCAUAAUAGGACCCAUUUCCUAGCAAAGUGCCUGGCAUACCGUAGGUACUGGGGGAAGGGGAGAAUCCACCAUGACUGGCAGAAAUGAAUAUAAGCUCUAGUUAAUCAUGUCCAUUUUAAUUACACGAAUCCAGAACAGUAUGUUGCUUUUUUUUAAAAUAUGAAGACCUAUUGGUUUUCCUUUUAUGUAAUCAUUCCUACUGAAUGAAUACUAUUAUUCACAUAUGCUUGUACUAGAAAUAUAAACUGUUAAAAAUAGUAAUACAAUCACAAGGGUUUUUUUUUUCUCCUGUAACUUCCUAAAUAGUUCCCCGAUAUACUGUUUUAUCUCUUCUUUCUACCUCAGUGUAAAUAACAUCCACGCUAGCCUUUUCGCAGUGGUUUCUCAUCUCCCAGUGGGUUCUCAUCUCCAAAUAGCCUAAUUCUCCAGAUUGCAGCCAGUAAGCAUUCCAGUUGCUACCAUCCCCACGCUUUCAAAUCUUUGACUUUUAUUGUUCUCCAACACCAGAACCCACUGUGGUCCAUCACCUCCCAGGGCCCUCCCUCCUCCCCCAGCCCUCACUCCCCACCGGGCCACACCUCCUCUCCUGGUGCCCUGGCUUCCCGCGCUCCGUGAGGCUCAACGGAGCCACAGGUUGUCACUUUGGAUCUCGGGAGCUGGUCCCUUCCUCCAGGAGGCCCUCUCUGGCCUGGCCACGCCCCACUCCCCGUCACACGUCCCACAUCACCCAGAACCUCUCCUUCCGGGCUCAUGUUUGUUGUGUAAAUAUAAAUUCCUAAACGGAAGAACCUUAUUGACGCGCGUCCACGCAGGCUCACGCUCCAUAGCCACUAGCGGAAGGAACGCUCCAACCAGCGGCCCAACUACUGCUCUCAGCCCUUCCAUCACCACCACCAGAAGCAGUAGCAGCAACAGCACCAUCACCUACGGCGGCGGCGCCGCUGUGACGUAUUAAGUCGGCGCCUCGAGGGCGAGCGUCUCAGGACGCCUGCGCGUAUGUGGUGCGCAUGCGCAGGUUGGGGGGGGGUGGUGAGCCCCGCUGACAGAUUCUCGAAGGCGGUGGCGGCGGUGGCUUCGCUGUACUGCGGGGUAUGGGAGUCCCCGAGGCCUGACCGAGCACCGCCCCCCGCCCCCCUGCCCCCCGACAUGGCUCAGGAGAAGAUGGAGUUGGACCUGGAGCUGCCUCCGGGUCCAGGCGGGAGUCCGGCGGAGGGCGGCGGCGGCGGCGGCGGCGGAGGGGGCCUCCGGAGGUCUAACAGCGCCCCCCUCAUCCACGGCCUCAGUGACACCUCGCCGGUGUUCCAGGCCGAGGCGCCCAGCGCCAGGCGGAACAGCACCACGUUCCCGGGCCGCCACGGCCUGCUGCUCCCGGCCUCCCCUGUCCGCAUGCACAGCAGCCGCCUGCACCAGAUCAAACAGGAGGAGGGCAUGGACCUGAUCAACCGGGAGACUGUCCAUGAACGCGAGGUCCAGACCGCAAUGCAGAUAAGCCACUCCUGGGAGGAAAGUUUCAGCCUGAGUGACAACGACGUGGAGAAAUCCGCCUCUCCCAAGCGCAUCGAUUUCAUUCCGGUAUCACCAGCACCGUCACCCACCCGGGGUAUCGGGAAGCAGUGUUUUUCACCAUCCUUGCAAAGUUUUGUGAGUAGCAACGGAUUGCCUCCAAGCCCCAUUCCGAGCCCUACAACCCGAUUUACCACCCGGAGAAGCCAGAGUCCCAUCAAUUGUAUCAGACCAAGUGUUCUUGGACCAUUGAAAAGAAAAUGUGAAAUGGAAACUGAGUAUCAGCCAAAGAGAUUUUUCCAGGGCAUCACCAACAUGCUUUCUUCUGACGUUGCACAGCUGUCAGAUCCUGGUGUGUGUGUGUCUUCGGAUACCCUGGAUGGAAACAGCAGCAGUGCGGGAUCUUCUUGUAACUCACCAGCGAAAGUCAGCACUACCACCGACUCUCCUGUGUCACCUGCCCAAGCCGUCUCUCCCUUUAUUCCAGUAGAUGAACUUUCGUCUAAGUGAUGUACCCAUCUGGAAACCUUUGGGGGACGGGGCAGGGGAGAGACAGAAAUCAAGUCGGAGCAAGCACUGAACUUUGUCAAUUAAACUGAGAAUAUUUCCUAUUUGACCCUUUCCCUCCCCACCCCAUCUCCUUUUUUAAUUUCUUGAAAUGUUAUUCUAGAGAACUUCUCUGUCAGGUUUCCUGCCAAUACCCUUGAAUUCAGUGUAGUAAUAUUUUCAGACUUUUUCCCAAUAAGUGUGUUGAAGCAUACAUUUUUCGCUGCUAAUAUGUCUAAAUACAUAUGUUAUCCCCUGAUUUUUUUAAAUAAUUGAGAGCUCUAUUUAUUUAUGGGAUUAUUAAGUUCUGAUGAAAAUAUAAAUGUUGAAUUAAUCAGCAUAGUAAACCGAUGUCUUAAAAUUCCAUACUUCAUGGCCAUACUAAUUUUUAAAAUGUUUUCAGUGAUUGCUAAUUUCCAUUUGAUGAAGCACAGUAACUUACCUACUUAACUUUUUAAAAAGUUGUUAGUCAUACCAGUAUGACUAUGGUUGUUUAGUUUACUCAAGAGUCUUUGGAAAUUAAGUUCCCAGAUACCAGAGUGGAUGGGAAGAGGAAUGAUAAAAGAACAAAUUAUGAAAGUUUGCAGCAUGUCUUAAAAUUAUAUAAACAUGAAAAAAUGUUUUAAGAAAAACAUUUUCUAAUGAAAUUUUAGCAACAAUUUUAAGUUAUAUAAAUAGUAUACAGAAAGUGAAAUGUUUCUUUUUAAAUAUGUUAACCAAAAAGUGCAUUCUCUUGGGCAUAAUCCUACCGGUAUUGGGACAGUUCCUUGCAGUCUUAGUUUACUGCAUAUAAGCUAAGACAAGACUCUUUGUACCAAUUUAAAUUUUAAAAGGUUUUAAAAUGCAGAUACAUUGGGAAGCCCUGUUGAAGUUCAGUGCAGAACCACUUUCUCAAUUAUUGAUAUACUUUAUAAUAUCCAUUCAUGUCUCAGUUCUGAAAAAUGUUGCCUGUGGGGAGCCAGAGCAGUUUUUGAUUGAGUUUGCUCUGCCCAUCUGCCACCUUCCUGGUUUUCCUUUGCUCAGGAAGGAAGCAGCUGUCUCCUUGCCAACAGUUCCUUCCCAUCUCUCACCAAACUAGGGUAUCAUCAAUUAGACAAAGGUACAGUGUGGUUUGGUACAAUGAGAUGGCUCAGAACAGGACUGUGAAUAGUUAAACUUCUGGUUAAAGCUACAGUAUAGCAGGAGUUGACCAUAUUGGAACCAGUGAUUUGCAAGAGAAUAUCGGGAGAAUCACAUAGGUAAAUAAUUAUUUAAGUUGGGUUUUUGUUAAAGGUAGAAUUGUGGAAUGCUACUUGCCUUUUGCAGUUAAGACUAAGCAUGGCAAAUGGUUUUUAUAUUAUACUUAUACCUCAUCCAUCUUCCUUAACUAGAUAGAAAAUGGCAAACAAAUGGGAUAGGAUAACUAGAAAGACUUUAAAGAGCAAGACAAAGAAAAUCCUUACUUCCUUUUUUGAAGUUAUUGUCUACAGACUUAACAGUUAUGUGGAACUUUUACAGCUAUGAGAAUAAAUGGAACCGGUUAACCCUUGACAGUACGGUUGCCUCAAAGUUCAGUGACAUGACAUAAAGGGUAAGAUUUAACAUUUUCUCUUCUGGGCAGUAGUGUUCAUGUGCUUCAGUCCUGACCAUGCUCCUCAACUCAUGUAUUUCCUGUUGGGUACUUUGACCUGAUUCCAGAACUUUUACAUCAACAUCUUCAAAACAAAAUUCAUUAUCUCUGCACUUGAACUUGUUCUUGCCAUACCUAAGUUAAUGUUGUUAUUAUUGUCUAAUUUCCUGAAAUAGAUACCAGGGAUGCAUCGUUCCCUUUCCCUUUCCCUAUCUGUCACGUCCUAACCACCUGCCAACUACUUUUGAAAUGAGUUUCAGAUCUCCCACUUUUUAUGUUUCUAGUCACCAAUUUAGCUUAGGUUCUUGAUUAAGUGAUCUCCCUGCCUGGCUUUUGCCUACCUUUUGAUCUAGUCUUUACACUGGCUCUAGAGUGUGAAUAAACACAAAUUUGAUUUCUUUAGUCACUUUCAUAGGUGAUAAUUUUCAUAUGAUUUCUAUUUCCCACAGUUUAGGGAAUCAUUUCCUUAGCCUAGUCUCUGAAGUCCUUUAAGAUCUGGCUGUAGCUAAAAAGGCUUUAGUCCUCUUUUCAUCUAUGUUCUGAUAUCUAUAUUUCCUUCUUGCUUAUCAAACAAAAGAAUUGAAAUUCUUUAAAUAUGCCAUGUACUUUUAUUUGGCUAUGGUUUUGAUAAGUUGUUCCCUUUCCCUUAAAAAAUGACAUUCCUAUAUCCUUUUCAAUCAGGCAAAUGCUUUUUUUGUGUGGAUACUGGGGCUUGAACUCAGGGCUUUGAGCUCUCGCUUGGCUUUUUCAUUCCAAAGCAAAUUUUUUUCUUUUUAAUCUUUUAAUACAUGUGGAUUUAACUACAAAAGCAAUGUAUAUUAACUGAAUAUGAAAUAUUUUAAAAUGUACAAAGUUUUUUAAAGUUUGCCUUUUACUGUGUAAAACUCAUGUUCCCUUCGGUAACUUCUGUUAACAGUUUAACAUAUGUUACACAAGAUAUGUUAGCUCUACAUUCCAUGUACAUGUAUAUAUAAAUGCAGUAAAACAACUGACAGUCUUAUCUUUCUCCCCGUAUCUAGUCACUCACCAAGUCUUAUUUAUUUGUCUUCCAGAAUCUAUCUGCUUGCUUUCAUCCUUGCCACCUCUUCUCCCUGACUAUAAUUUCCUUCUCAGACUUCCGACUCCCAUUUGUGUUCAUUAUACUCUAGUCUAAGAUCACUAGAGUUGUUUUUUUGCUUUUGUUUUUUUAAGUAAGUUUGCUUUUUUUCUGAGCAUACCAAAAAUGUCUUCAUUCUGGCCUAGGAGGCUUUGAGGACUAUGGCACUCUGCCACUUCCUCCACCCUCACUGUUAGCUUUUUUCCUCUUUAAAUGCAUCAUGUUUCUUCCUUUAGGUCUUCUUUUCCUUGAAGGUAUGAAACCUGUAUCUCUGUAAGCUUAUUCUUUUAUAUACAUGAUAAGUUUUAAAUUAGCUAUGUCUGUAAGAGUUUAUUCUGUGGUAUUAUAAUUUCAAUCUUUACCUCUUAGCUCAUGUAAAAAUUAUCUUUUAAAAAGCAUUUUAAGGUGUAAAUUUUGCUAAUUUAUAAAAUGUGCAAAAGCCUAAGGUAAUUAACAACAUUUAGUUAAAGUGCAGUUUGUCAUAUAUAAUAAAGUUUUGUGGUAUAAUUUCUUCUAUUAUGUUUGUUUAAAAACAGUGAAAUGGAAGAAGUAAUUAAUGAUUACCAGAGGUUACAGAUACCAAAACCAUUAAGAAUACUUUAAAGAUUGAUUGUAAUGAAGAAUACCCUGUAUUAGGUUACUUUCCAGUGAUCUGCAAGAGAACACUUGAAAUACUUGGUAGAAAAAGCCAAGAAUUAGGAAGAAAAAUAAAACUAAGAUUUAUUUU